CCAACAUGGGUUUGUUCUGGAUGAGACUGCUUGUGGUCUGUGUCUCUGUGACUCUCACUGAUGCUGAGUGUCACUGUAACACCACUACUGCCUGCACCGUGUUCCCCUCCACUCCCUGUAGCCAGAUCGGCAGUCCAGACAGAUGUCUGGAGGGAUGGUUCGGUUCAUACUGUCAGAAACAAAAUAUUGCUUUGGGAAGAUCUUGUAACCAGAGCAGUACACACCUCAACUUAAGAGGCAGUGCAGAAAGAGCUGUAGAUGGCCAGACCACCACAAACUUCAAACGCAUGCCAAGUACAUGUACUCAUACAGGUAACAACGAUCAAAAUCCCUCUUGGAAUGUGAAGCUGAACACCUCUGUCACAGAAAAGAUACAACAUAUCAGACUCUAUUUACGUGAUGACCCUAUCCUUCAGAACAGAAGCGACGGCAUGAAGAUACUCGUAGACAAUCAGAUGUGCUACAACUGGUCAUCAGCUGAACAUCCUCCUCCUAUAGCUAACGUCACCUGCCGUCAGCCACUGUCAGGGAACACCGUCACUAUACGAUUGCCAGGUGGCCCCGACGUAUUCCUUACUUUGUGUGAGGUGCAAAUAUUUGUUUGUAGUGAUGGAUGGUUUGCUGAAGACUGUGACAAGCAGUGCCGGUGUCAAAACAACACUGAUAUAUGCAGCAAGAUGACUGGUCACUGUUCAAGUGGAUGUUUCCCAGGAUAUAUUGGUGACGACUGUCAAACAGUAUGCCCAGAUGGUUCUUAUGGUAUCAACUGCUCCUCCCAGUGUGGAAACUGUCUAGAUGGCGACAGCUGUAACAAAACGACAGGAAUAUGUCCUGGAGGAUGUGCUGCAGGAUGGAUUAAUAACGACACAUGUAAGCAAGCAUGUCCAGAUGGUUCCUAUGGUAACAGCUGUUCCUCCCUGUGUGGAAACUGUCUUGAUGGUGUCAGCUGCAACAAGACAAAUGGAACAUGUCCUACGGGAUGUGCAUCGGGAUGGCAAAAGGACGACACAUGUCUACAAGCAUGUCCAGAUGGUUCCUAUGGUAACAGCUGUUCCUCCCUGUGUGGAAACUGUCUUGAUGGUGUCAGCUGCAACAAGACAAAUGGAACAUGUCCUACGGGAUGUGCAUCGGGAUGGCAAAAGGACGACACAUGUCUACAAGCAUGUCCAGAUGGUUCCUAUGGGGACAACUGUUCCUCCCAAUGUGGAAACUGCCUAGACGGUGUCAUCUGUGACAAGACAGACGGAACAUGUCCAACGGGAUGUGCAGCAGGAUGGUGGAAUGUAACGUGCUCGUCAUCAUGUACAAAAGGCUACCAUGGCAGCAACUGUGCCUUCCAGUGUGGAUACUGCCGAUAUGGUGACAGCUGUGACAAGGCAAACGGAACCUGUCCUAGGGGAUGUGCAGCAGGGUGGAUGAAUGACGAAACAAUUUUAUGUCUCCAACCUCUUCCUGUUCGAGGUUCUAUAGGAGGAAUUGUUGGAGGGACAGUUGCAGCUAUUGUAGUCAUCGCUGCUAUUGUGGCCAUUGUCAUUUGCGGAAAAUGGAGAAAACGAAAAGAUGAUGACUCUAGUUUGCCGGUUCCCCUAGAAGUGGUUCCCAAGGCAGCAAGUAGAGAUAAGCCAACAGCGAAUAAAUCCACCCCAAAGCCGCCCGCAGUGGAAGAAGACGAGGACGCCAUGUUUUCUGUUGAGGCUGAAGUAGACGGCGACAACGAGGCUGCCGCCACCUACUACAACUGGGUACCACCUCACAUGCGGCUGGACAACCUGAAACAGUGUAUAAGUGAGAAGAAGAAAAAAGCCUCAUUUGAAACCGAAUUUCAGACGAUCCCAUAUGGUGCAAGACAUCCACAUGAAGCCGGUACAAAACCCGUCAACAAGGCGAAGAACCGUUUUCUUGCUCUAUAUGCGUAUGAUGCAUCGAGGGUCGUGCUUGCGGAUGGAGAAGAUUACAUUAAUGCCAAUUAUAUCAUGGGAUAUGAUGAUAUUCCAAUGUAUAUAGCUACACAAGGACCUAAACCAGUGUCAAUUACUGACUUCUGGCGGAUGGUGUGGCAGGAGGACGUCACACAGAUAGUCAUGCUGACCAGGCUUAUGGAGAUGAACAAGAAAAAGUGUGAACGGUACUGGCCCGAUGGAAACAAAUCUCAAAUCUACGGAGCCUGUAAAGUGACAAACAAAAAUGUGACAGCUAGGUCUAACUACACAGUCUCCACUUUUCUAGUACAAAACUCCGGCAACGAGAGAACUGUGACUCAUUACCACUUCACGUCUUGGCCUGACCACGGUGUUCCCUCUGCCCCUGCCCUCGUCAACUUCUGGAGACUGGUCAAACAGGGGGACAUGGCCAGGGGUCCCAUGGUGGUGCACUGCAGUGCUGGUGUUGGCCGAACAGGGGCGUUCCUUGCCCUCGACUACCUGAUGGAUGAAGCUGAGAGUAACCACAGAGUCAAUGUGUUCAUGUGUGUCAGCAAGAUGAGACAGAACAGGAUGAACAUGGUCCAGACAGUGAGACAAUACGAGUUUGUGCAUGAUGUGGUCCUGGAGGCUCUCAAUUGUCGAGGAACACGCUACACGUCGUCUGAGUUUGACAAAACGUUUGGUGUUGGCGAAACGUUUACACCACCCCAAGAGGAUAUGCUGAAAGAACAGUUUAAAUUACUCCAAGAAGAAACAUCUGACCUCGAAGACUCAGACGCACUGCUUCCAGAGAACUCGGGCAAAAAUAGAAACCAGCAUAUUCUCCCGGGAAACAAAUCCAGGCCCUACCUGUUUACUCCAGUUCAGGGUCGGAAUGACUACAUCAAUGCAGUGCUUUUGCCAUCCAUCCUUCGGCCAUCGACCAUGAUAGUUACCCAGACCCCUCUGCCAGACACUGUAGUGGACUUCUGGAGACUGGUGUACGACCAUGACUGCUUCACAGUUGUCUGUCUGGAUGACUCCAAGGAGGCUGAUGAAAUGUACCUUAAAGACAACAAGACGUUACAAAUUGGACCAUUCAGUGUAAAACACGUGGAAACUCAUUCAAAUGGAGCGUUCAAUACAGAGACGACAAUGUUGACGCUUGUGCAUGCCAAGGAGGACAGCGAGCAGUCAGUCACAGUGUUCCGCUUCCAGGCACCGGACAUGAUGUCCAAUACUGCAUCACUCCUGGAGCUAAUCAACGUGGUGGACAGAAUCAUCAGCUCCGGGGACCAUAAGAUCCUCAUCCACUGCCAUGACGGUGCUGGCGUGAGCGGCGUGUUCUGCAGUGCCCUGAACAUCAUCAGCAGGCUGAGGUUGGACAGUGACGUGGAUAUCUUCCUCGCCAUCAGGGAACUGCAGCGUAUCAGACCUCAGUUUAUUCGGUCCUUCGACCAGUUCAAGCUGUGCUAUGAAGUGGUGAAGGAAUAUAACCGUGCUUCCGGUGUCUACGCCAAUCUGUGAUAACGAAACAACAACCAAAUAUUCCAGACUUAUAUUCUACACAGAUAGUGUUGGAAUGAUCAAUACUUCUUGUAUAAAUUUGAGAAACGCUUAUGUUCCUUUUGUCUUCACAAGGCAAAUGUUCGCACCCAUUAUCCAGAAACUAAAUUCUUACAUCAGUUACUGAUAUGUAACCAAUUGUAUGUUUAAAGCUUGUUAACACAUCGUCAUGAGAAUAUAUCAACUGACUUGGAGACUGUCGGAAUGUCAAAUUUAUAGCAAAGUGCCUUUGAGGAUCGAACGACAUCGACAAUAAUUAUGUCAUUCAUUUACUGAUAAAUUAAUCAAUUAAUGUGGGUCACACAUGUUGGUGAUGCAACUGUCAUUUCCAUUUCCACAUAAUCUGGAUUGCUUGUGUCAAUUUCCAUAUCAUAUUAUUUAACAUAGUUUACCUGCAAAGCCUGCAAAUGUUUAUGAUACAACUAUACUUGCAGUGGUAUAUGAAUUGCUUAGUGUGUUGUUAUAGUGACAUUGUCUACGGUAUUUCCAAUAAAAGAUUGAAGAUGACAUAUCAUAAAUUACCUUGGUUGCUGAGACUGUAAUACUGGUAUAUUUAAAAUCAGUUCGUCUAUGUCAUUUCAAACAUUCUUUCUGUGUUAAAUAAUCCAUACCAUUUCAGAUUCCUUGUCAAUCGUACACACAAUCUGAACAUCAAUAUAAGCAUUUGCAACCUGUAAGACCAGUGACAUGCCGGGUCUUACGAAUGUAACAGAUUCAUAGAACCUUUGCCUCGCUGCAUUUCUCAAUGUCCUAUUUGUGUGUGUGUUCCGUGUAGUUUACUUUAUUGAGGUUCUUUCGUUUUCCUCUUUUUGGCAAUGUCAUCAUUGUGUAAAAAAUCAUUUGAAAUUUACUCAAAUGUUUUAAAUAAUUUAUAAAAAAAUUGUUGUUAACCAUGCGUUCACAUGUUUGGUCUGUUUUUCAAUCCCUGCAUUUGAAGUUUGUUUCUUGUUACCUUUGGAGCUUCUUAUAAAUUCAGUGUCAAUGUAUGUUUUAUAUAAGCCUUACAUCUCAAUGUUGAUAGCUUCUUAUAAAAGUAUACACACAAUUGAGUUUCUCUUGUUUCAAAUAUACAUGGCGCAAAUCCGAGGGCAUUUAUCCAAGGGCAAUUAGAUGGAGCCUAUAAUGCUAUGUAUUUUGUAUAGUAAGACAUGGGUGUCCACAUGUGUGGUUAUGAGGUAUAUAACUGUGAGUGUUGGAUACAAUGGACACAAUGGCAAAUAUAUCAUUGCAUCUCA